AUGGCAUCAGUCGAUCAACUGGCUGGCAAGUACUCGUCACAGCUUGCUCAGCUUCAAGCAAUCUUCCCAACAUGGGAUGAAAGUGAUUUAGCAUUCACUCUGCAAGAUACGAAAGGAAAUGUCGAAGAAGCCGCUUUGAGCAUCACAGAAGGCCGUGCAUCACAAUUCACUUCAGCUUCAAAAAAGAAGCCAGCCAAGUCAAAGGAAACUCACCAAAAAGGUCAUUCAAACAGGAACGCCGAUACAGGUGGUUGGGAGAACGUGAACGGUGAAGGAUUCGCUUCAAGGGGUGAUAGACCAACUAGGGGUGGACGUGGUGGUGCCAGAGGUGGUAGAGGUGGACGUGGAGGAGAUCCAUUCAGAGGUGGACGUGGUGGACGAGGUGGAUUCAGAGGUGGAAGAGGUGCACUAAGCAAUGUAAACGGACAUUCAAAGGCCACCACAUCCGAUGAAUUCCCUACCACAACUGCUACGACCACAGAAGGAUGGGCCAACCAAGUUCAACAAGCUACUUCGGCCGAGGAUCAAGAAGGUGAAAAUGCCGCCAUCGCUGACACAAGCAAAGGUGAGGAUUUCUCAGCAUCUGGUGGAUGGGGUGAUGCCCCCGCACCAAAGGAAUUAGAAAAGGCUGCUAAAGCUGGUGGUACCGGCUGGCAAAAAGAUAUCGAGAAGCCAGUACAGGUCGCUGGUUCCUCCGUUCCUCCUGCUGCUAAGCCUAAGUUGACUUGGGCUCAGAUCGCCAAACCCGUCGAGAAACCAAAACCUGCUCCUCCACCUCCUGCACCAGUCGUACCAGAACCCAUCCCAGAACCAGAAGCGGACCCCACCAUAACUUCCGAUGAGCCUGUUGCUCAGGAUGAAGGACAUGUCGCACCCGAAGCUUUAGAAGAAACACCUGCUGAAGAAGUCGAGGCUUUGGGAGACGCGCCUGCACCUGAAGAAGUAGAAGAAGCUGCCGCUGCUAUAGAGGAAGCACCCGCUGCCGAAGAACCAUUUACCGCUAAACCUGCGGAGGAUCUCCUGCCUGAAGAGACUGUUCCCGCCCAACCCGAAGCUUCCACCGACGCUUGGGAAUCUGACCCCGCUAUCGCUGGUUCCGGCGCUCAGCCUGAAUGGGCGAAGACCGACACUCAACCGGCUGUCGCUCCCGAACCAGUUACCACCUACCAAGGUCCACCAGGAUUCAACAGCGUUGUAUCCAAGGCUGCCCCAGGAGUUCAAGCUGCUCAACAGCCAAGAUCCAGCUCGCGAGCUGCUCAAAGAUACAAGGAUGCCGAGGGUCAAGGUGUCGUACUCCCUCCUACUGCUGGUUCCGGUCUCGCUGGUAUGGAAAUGCAAUUCGGUUCCCUCAGUUUCGGUGGUAUAAAUGGUGACGGUGUGGAUUCACCUGUUCCUGCUGCUGAGCCAGCUAAGCAAGAGACUCCCGCUCAAGUUGCCCCCGCUCCUGCGCCAAUUGCCGCAUCUCCUGUCCGAUCUACUCAACCCUCAGCCCCAGCUCAACAGCAAGCGGCUCCUGCUCCCCCUGCCCCUUCUGCCCCAUUCUACUCUCAACCAUCCUCUCAAUCCGCUCAAACCCAAACUCAACCCCAAGCUCAACAGCCAUCUUACACCUCUCCCCACCAGACUCUUCAACAACAAAUGCAAACUUACCAAUAUCUUCAGCAACAACAAGCUCCUGCCCAUUCGCAAUCCCAAGAUCAAGGUCUUCACCCUUCUCACCAAGCCAACCAAUAUUACAGACAACAGGAUUUCUACAAUCCAAUCGGCUCUCAAGCUCAACAACAGACCAACGAACCUCAAGGUCAACAAGGUCAGGCUCAGCAAUCCGCCCAACAAGCCCAGCAGCCCACCUCAAGUCCUUACGAUACACCGUUCGGUACUUUUGGUCAACAAUCCCAUUUGUUCGGUCAACCAGCUCAACAGCAGACCCAACACACCCAGGCCAACGACCCAUACGGUGCUUCUCACAGAGCUUACGAUUCGUACUCUGCCAGUGGCUACCCCCGACCCCCCGUUGACGAGCCUAAACCUGCUGCUCCUGCUCCCUCUCAUACUCCUUCUGCUCCCAGUCAACCUCCUCAUCAACAAAGCGGAUACUACUCUCAAAUGGGUAACAUGGGUUACUACCAACAAGGUCCUUACAACCCAUACUACCAAUAUGGUCAAGCUCCUCAAGCUGGUUUCCAACAAUACUAUCCAUUGGCUCAACGAAACUUGUACGGUCAACCUGCACCUCAAGCUCCCCCUGCUCCUAUUCAGGGUAACAAGCCUCAACCUCCCUCGAGCCACUCGCCAUACGGUGGACCACCAUCUUACCCUUCCUCGGCAGCCUACGAUGAUCAAUCAUUUGGAGGUGGUUUAGGUAGAUAUGGAGAUAGCAAGGUACACCAACAGAACACUCCUGGCUCUCAAGGACAAACUCAGGGACAAGGCCAAAACACCUUAGCGCCUGGAUCAUAUAACUCUCAACAAAGUGGUUUACACAAUUUCCUCGGAUCUUCCACUUCUACCGCUUCCACCACUGGUGCCGGAGCUGGUGCUGGUGCUGGAUCGGCUGGAUCAGCUAGACCUCAAGCUGCUACACCCGAUGAUGGAUUCAAAUCUCAAUCUCAACAAGGUGCUGGAGUCAGAAAUCCCAUCCAACAGACCAAUACCAACCCUCAAGCGGCUGCUCAACAAGGGUUCAACUCUUAUCCAUAUGGUAACAACGCCGGAGCUGGAGGAUAUGGCGCUCAAGAUUGGAGCCAUUAUGGUGCUGCGGGACAUUACGGUUCGAGAAAUGGUUAUCAACAUUGGCAACAAUAG